AUGGCAUUACAAGUACAGGCUGAGAAAAAACGCAAGGGCAAAACAGUCACCACUCCUUGGACUGACCAACCCAGUCUCGUUGCAGAUCAAGGAGCAGCCCCAGCUGAGAAAAAACAGAAGGGCAAAACAGUCACCACACCUUGGACUGACCAGCCCAGACUGUUUGCAGAUCAAGGAGCAGCACCAGCUGAGAAAAAACGCAAGGUCAAAACAGUCACCACACCUUGGACUGACCAACCCAGACUUUUUGUAGAUCAAGGAGCCGCCCCAGCUGAGAAAAAACGCAAGGGCAAAACAGUCACCACUCCUUGGGCUGGCCAACCCAGUCUCUUUGCAGAUCAAGGAGUAGCCCCAGCUGAGAAAAAACGCAAGGGCAAAACAGUCACCACUCCUUGGGCUGGCCAACCCAGUCUCUUUGCAGAUCAAGGAGCAGCCCCAGCUGAGAAAAAACGCAAGGGCAAAACAGUCACCACUCCUUGGGCUGGCCAACCCAGUCUCUUUGCAGAUCAAGGAGCAGCCCCAGCUGAGAAAAAACGCAAGGGCAAAACAGUCACCACACCUUGGACUGGCCAACCUAGUCUCUUUUCAGGUCCAGGAGCAUCACCAGCUGAGAAAAAACGCAAGGGCAAAACGGUCACCACACUUUGGACUGACCGACCCAGACAUUUUGCAGAUCCAGGAGCAACCCCAGCUGAGAAAAAACCCAAGGGCAAAAGAGUCACCAAACAUCGGAAAGACCAAGCCCAGUUUUUAGCAGAUGAAGAAGCAAUGCCAGCUCUUUUCUCAGCUCUUAGUGUGAGUAGUACAGAGACAACACUACCUUCUUCCUCUGAACAACCAAAGACUUCUACCUCCAAAGGGGCUCAAUCUUCAAGGAAGUCUCCACGAAAAACAAGUGUUGUGCAACCAGUACCAAAGACCAGAAAGAAAUCAGGACAAACUAAGUCUACUGGAGAUACUUCGUCCACUAAGAAGGGCAUUACUAUUAAAAUUGUCCUACCAAAGAAAAGAGGUGGAAAGUCUGGAAAAAAGGAAAAAAGUAUUCCAGUUGUUUCUUCUACAUCUUCAGCUUCUUUAAGAUCACUGAUGAGAAGUUCUUCAUCUAAUAAGACUUCUGCGGAACCCUCUGAAAUAGUGAUGUCUACAAUCUGUGUGUAUAUAAAUAAACAUGGAGAUUCUGGCCCCUACCUGGAUCCACAGAAGGUUCAGCAGCUACCUGACCACUUCGGCCCAGGCCCUGUGAAUGUGAUUCUCCGGCAGACUGUGCAGGCCUGUGUGGAUAGUGCCUUUCAGGCCAAGACUGUCUUUCUACUUCUUAAGCCAGAUAAUAGGGGAGGAGAAAUGAUAACUGCCUUCUUCGAUGGGAAAGCUCAUACUGUUCAUCUCCCUCCAGUGAACAGUGCAUCAUUUGCACUUCACUUUCUUGAAAAUUUCUGCCGCAGCAUGCAGUGUGAUAAUUUUUUGAGUAGCCAGCCUUUCAGACAUAAGGCUCAUACCUCAACUACAGGCAUUGAUCAAAGCAAACCAGGAAAUGAGGAACAAAGGGGAACCUUCAAACGAUUGUCUCUGGAACCUCAACCUUCUGCUUCUGUCUCAUCUAAGAUUCCCAGAAAGUCUGGGCGAGCCUCUAAAGGAAAUUGAUGGGAAAGCUUUGCUACUACUGAAGAGUGAGCUGCUGAUGAAGUAUAUGGGGCUAAAACUAGGACCAGCAUUAAAACUAUGUUACUACAUUGAAAAACUUAAAGAAGUAAAACAUAUCUGA